AUGGCCACCUCUCGCCAAAGCGCCCAGCUUCUCCGCACAGCUCUCGUCCGUUCGGCGCGGCCAUGCGUCGCCAACACGGCAUCACACGCCAAUUGCCUGCGCAGCACCACCACGACACCCGCCUUCCAGACUCGUCUCGCCGUCCGCCCGGCGACGCAUCCUCGCUUCAGGCUGUACUCCAGCUCGUCGUCGACGGCGUCUGACGAGGAAUACCACGAAACGUCGGCCCGCGGUACCAAGCUCUGGACUUUUGACCAGCUGGAACGCGCCGUCGACAGCAACAAGUCCGACAUCAUCAUCGUCGACACGCGCGAGCCCGGCGAGGUCCGCCAGACGGGCCACAUCCCCGGCGCGAUCAACAUCCCCAUCACGACGCACCCCGAGAGCUUCCACGUGACGGCCGAGGAGUUCGAGGACCGCUUCGGCUUCGAGCGGCCGGCCAAGAACAGCGAGCUCGUCUUCUACUGCAAGGCCGGCGUGCGCAGCCGUGCCGCGGCCGCGCUGGCCGCCGAGGCGGGCUGGACCGGCGUCGGGGAGUACCCCGGCAGCUGGCUCGACUGGGAGAAGAACGGGGGCCGGGCGCAGAAGCCGCGGGACCCGUGAGGCGGCUUUCUGUCCGUUUCCGUUUCGUGCGCGCUGCUGCUGCUGCUGCUACUGCUGAUGGUGGGAGGAGUGUUCGAUGUUGGGUUUGGCGCUGGCUGAUGCUUCGGGCAAAGCUUGAUGUAUAGUACUGCACCCGUAUGUUUCCCACGGGUAGGAGGAGAUUCGGGCAAUGUGUCACGCGAUAUGGUCUGUAUUGGGACGAAGGGCUCGCAAGUCGCAGUAUUGAUGCUCUGCGUGGACAUUGUCGCCACGAUGGACAGGUUUACGAGGCGUCAAUCACUCAAUUGUGGGUAG